AUGCUCAUCUCGCGCGCCGAUCACUCCCAGAAUAUCUCCCCAGUCGAGGGGCAGGCCCUGGCCAACCUUCCCUACUCAGUCCUCGCCACCAUCCCCGCUCUUCAACCUCCGCCGGGCGAAGUCUCCAACUUCACCAAUCCCGCCAGCACCCGCCACAUCCUCAUCAUCGCCUCCUGCAUCGGCAUCUUCGUCAUGCUCCUCUGCACCACCAUCCGUGUCUGGACCGUCCUCUUUAUCGUUCGCAAAUUGGCUUGGAGCGACCUCACAUAUAGCUUUGCCAUCCUCGCCGCCACCAGCGCAUUCGUGGUCAGCAUCUUCACGGUCACCGGCGCCGCCCAAGUCGGACAUCACCAAUGGGACGCUCCCCUCUCCUUGAUUUUUACCAAGAGAAAUAUUGUUCCCACCGCGCUUUCAAGUGUGUUCACACCCAUUGCGUUGGGCCUCAUCAAAAUCACCAUUUUCCUAACCUAUAUCGAAAUCUUCUCGAAUAUGCCUUGGGUAUAUAUAUCCUGUUAUGUAGGGGCGGCCAUUACCGGGCUUUUCUAUCUAGGCAUGGCGCUCGCAUCGUUUAUUUUGGGGUUCCCGCAUGGCAGCGAAACGUGGGUUUCGCAUAUCUUCUCGCGCAAUGGGUUUCGUUCGAAUAUCACCAGUGUGCCGACGGCCAGCGUGGGGCUCGCGAUAGAUAUUUAUCUGUUUGUGGUGCCGCUGAUUGCGGUUAGUGGGUUGAAGAUGCAGCGAAAAAAGAAGGUAGGCGUGGGGUUGAUCUUUACCACGGGAGUUUUAGCAAUCAUUGCCUCAAUCUUCAGCAUCUACUAUCGCAGGAACUUGUACCGAAACGGCGAUGUCGUGUGGAAUCUGGUACCCUUGUUUUCAGUGACAAUUAUCGAGGUAUUUAUUGGUCUCAUUGUGGCUUGUACAUGGCACUUCUCAAAGUUUCUGCGAACAUAUGAGAGUAAGUUUGCGAGGGUGGGGCAUUCGGUGGCUAGGCUUGUGUGUGGGUGUGGGGGUUUAUUGGGAGGGAGGACGAAAUAUGGAAGGAGGAGUGGCGGGAAGGCAAGUGAGAGUAGUGAGGGUAGUGGGCAUGGGAGUGCGAUUGCGAUGGCGCCGUGUGUAUCCGAUGAGAAAGAUAGGGGGAGUAGUAGAGGACGUAAUCUUUAUCCGGAUUUGGAUUUUACGGAGAAUAGGGGCACGGUGGUGGGUGGGUCGGUGUGGGAGAGGACGAUGUUGGGGAGUAUGCCUGAGGAGGAUGUUGAGGGGGGUAGAAGGGAUGUUAUGGGUUCGAAAUGA